CAAAAAAUGCUUAUCAAAGAAGAAAUAUCCGAAAUCACGAGUCAAGAAAAUAUAAAAAUUUUAGAUGAAGCACAAUGCAAGAAAGCACUCGUAUCUCUAAGAGAAAUGUGGAAGGCAGCCCAAGAUAAAGUCGAACUGGCAAAAGCAAAUAAGGAAUGUCAACUCAAAAAAAUUGACGAAGAAAUCGAAAAAAAAGAGAGCAG